GACGAGGCGCCCGAAAUGGAAUUCGGAGCAUCCACGGGUCCAAAGAUAGAAACGGGUCGCGAGGGUCCACCGAUUCAGCACCUCCAGUUUGCGCGUCAACUUCUCGAGUCCACCGCCGCCACUUCUCUCUCCUUCUCUGUGUCUCGUAGAAUCUUGAAGCUCUUCUUUUCGACUCCAUCGUCGUCGCUAAAUUCUUCGUCUAUAAAUGAUUCUGUCUCUCUGUCUCUCUGUCUCUCCGCAGUCUGCACAUCAAAGCUCGCAACUUUCUCCUUCGAGACCUGUCUAGAGAAAAGCCACGACUCCACUCUUCUACCUCUCUAUUGGCAACCCACGUUUGCUCCCCUCUUUCUCUCUCUACUGUUUGGCUUUGCGUACUCUGUAGGCUUCUCUCUCUGUGUCUCUCUUGGUCUGCUCUCGCGGCUGCUCCAUUGUAGGGAAAUGCAAGGCGACGUUACCGUGCACGAUCGCACAGCGGGGGGCGGGGGCGGCGGCGGCGGAGAUCAGAGCCGGGUGCUGGACAUAUACCCGCUGAGCAGCUACUACUUCGGCUCCAAGGACGCUCUUGCUUUCAAGGAGGAGACCUUGGCCGAUCGUGUCAACAGGAUGAAAUCCCAUUAUGCGGCUCAUGGAUUGAGGACUUGCGUGGGAGCCGUCAUUGUGGUUGAACUAUUCAGACAUCCUCAUCUGCUGCUGUUGCAAGUAAGAAAUUCCACUUUUAAGCUGCCAGGAGGUCGAUUGAGGCCUGGUGAAUCAGAUGUCGAAGGGCUGAAACGCAAGCUGACCAGCAAGCUUUCUGCUGAUGGAGCUGGUGAUGAGACUCAGUGGGAGGUCGGUGAAUGCCUUGGGAUGUGGUGGAGGCCUGACUUUGAAACUUUGCCCUAUCCUUACUUGCCACCUAAUGUUAAAAAGCCCAAGGAGUGCACAAAACUCUUUCUUGUGAAGUUACCUGUAAGUCGGAAGUUCAUCGUUCCAAAAAACCUGAAAUUGCUUGCUGUACCACUUUGUCAAAUUCAUGAAAAUCUCAAGACAUAUGGGCCGGUUAUAGCAGGAGUUCCACAGCUGCUGUCAAAAUUCUCCUUCAACAUAAUCGAUUCCUAAACUGGCUGGGGUAGCGACUGCCGGCAGCAGGAGGGCUCAUGUUCCGUCUAUUAACGAAUAUACCUGUAGAUAGUAUAGUUUUUGAUUCAGCAUGGAGGGUUAUAUUAAUCUGUGUUAUGUUCGACAUUUGACUUGUGGUUUCUUCUUUUUGGAAUUCAGUUUGUAAAUGCCAAAGUUCUGCAACUCUCUGGUUUUACGUUGCUCUCCAUAGAAACAUCCUUUGGACACAAUUAUAGUUUCGAAUCAACUGUUUGAUUGCUCA